AUGGCGGAAAUGAAGCCGAUCAAAGUGUUUGGCAUUCACGGGCCCAACGCCGGUAAAGUUCUUCUCCUCUGUGAGGAACUGGGGCUGCCAUACGAGACCGAAGUGAUUCCCCUUACCGACGUCAAGAACCCCAACUACCUCGCCAUCAACCCAAACGGGCGGCUGCCUGCCAUCCAAGACCCAAACAAGGGACUCACUCUGUGGGAAUCGGGCGCCAUCAUCGAGUACUUGACGGAGAAAUACGACACCGACCACAAGCUCAGCUUCGAGCCGGGCACAGCUGAAGCGUACCAUGCUCGCCAGUGGCUCUUCUUCCAAACCACUGGCCAGGGGCCCUAUUACGGGCAGGCGAUGUGGUUCAUCAUCUACCAGCCGCUUCCCGAGGCGCGCGCGCGCUACGUCAAGGAGGUCAACCGCGUCACUGGCGUGCUGGAGGGGCACCUGGCGAAGCAGAAGCCUGACGCGGACGGCAACAUUUGGUUCUUGGGUGGGCGCCUCUCCUAUGUGGAUAUUGCCUUCUUUACGUGGCAGCACACGGCCGAGCCACGAAUUCCGGAUGAGGAGUUCAACCAGGGUGACUACCCGCACGUCAAGAAGUGGCUUGACAACAUGCUUGCGCGUCCGAGUGUGCAGAAGAUUGUAAAGAUCCAAGAGGCCAAGUGA